AUGCCUCCUGAUAAUGCAAGGGUGCUCAAUGCGACUAUCGCUAUUCUUGUAUGUAUUGUGCAGAUCGUCUUAGCUACAGCUGGUUUAUUCGGACACUAUGUUAUCCUAUAUGCUACCUACAAAACAAAGGAGAUUCAAACAAAAUACGGGAUGUUGCUUGUGCAGUUAUCAAUAACGCAUAUCGUUUGCAUAGUUGGAGGUCUUCUAAACACAGCAUUUUUAAUUGUUACCCCAAUACUGGACGAAUCUUCAUGUUUACAAAUUUUUGCGCUAUUUGCUUCCGUAAUGUUCUGGCAAUCGCUAGUCAUGCUCGUCAUAUCUCUCGAUCUACUCUCCGCUAUUGUUGUGCCAUUACUUUACCGUAAAUGGACGACGCGACGAUGUGUCGUCGUAAACGUGAUAUUCUGCGGCUUGCUUUCUAUAGCAUAUACGAUUUCUAUGUACUCAGCUACUCGGCAAAAAGACCGCUACUACUGUAGUCUCUACAGUAUACAACACGAUACUGUAGCCAAUGUAGGCAGAAUAGCCAAUUACAUCAUUGCCAUCACACAAAUGGUCAUUUAUGCAACCUGUUAUUUGAUCAUAUAUAUCAGAGCAACAAUAUUUAUGCGGAAGAACAAGAACGCAUGCUACCGAAACAAACAUCGCAAGACAAUGCGUACCAUAUCUGUUCUUAUCAUCGUCUACACAUGCACAUGGGUAUUGUCCAUUGUUCUUAUGAAUGUAAUGGAGUCCAUCAAAUCCGAGUUGUGGGCGAACUGGGUGCGGAUGAUCGUGAGCGUGCUGCAGAUGACUUGUUUUGCUCAAACAUUCUACGUAUGCUACCAACGCAGCUCUGAAUAUCGUAACAUUUUCCGACGGAUUUUCAAAUCGUGGAAUGUUCCCGAAAGGGUCAAAGUUCAUUUUGUGCGACCCUGCCCGCAGGAAAAAGCUACAAUCAGAAGCUUACCAUUAUUCCUGCACCCUAGGUGGUGGAUGUCCCUAGGAGAAGAGGACGACGCUCGCGAGAAAUUUUUUAACAAGCUCUCGGAGGCAAGAGUGGAUUGGAGCGGCCGUGCAAGAAUAGCAAUAGGGAGAGCACUCGCAGACAUCCGCACUUACCAUUUUGAUCCUGAAAGAGACGCGCUUCUUCCGUCAAAGAAAAAGCGUGUCGUCAGCGAAGGCAUCGAAAGCAACAGUAUCACUAAGGAAGUAGUGAUUAAGAAGGCUGAAUGCGUUGCAGAUGAAAUUGAAGAGAUUGAAGAAGCCUGA